AAUUCCCUAUCACAAAGAGAUGCGGCUCACUUCCAUUAUUUCCUUUUUGAAUCGUUUUCUUACAUCUUUAUGUUGAGGGACUUGCUUAGGAUGAAUAACUACUUUAUUUUCGUAAAUAUACUCUCACAUCCUGUUCUUCAACUGGUAAUACAAAUUUUAGUAAAUCUUGGCUUCAUUUUACACAACGACUAUUUGGAGCAAGUUGCAUGAAGCAUUGUAUUUCCAUUUCUUCCAGCUGUAUAUAAUCUAGUUUUAAUCUUUCCAUUUAUAUCUCUGUUUUUGAAUAGAAUGUAAUAAUUCAUUCUCAAGUAUUGAUGUUUGUAUGGUGCAGUUUUUGUCAGUUUUGGAUUCUGAUGCAGCAUUUAACAGUGAAAUUAUCCGGGAAUGCUAUGAAGCUUUUGCAUUAUACUGCUUUGAGAGAUAUUUGAUAGCUUGCUUAGGUGGUGAGGACAAAACUAUUCAAUUUAUGGAAAGUAUGAACCUAACAGACUCCAGCAUUCCUCUGCUGAAAGAAGCAUAUGCAUAUGGAGUUGUAGAGCAUCCAUUUCCCUUAAAUCUCUUCUUGAAGGAUUGGAAUCUAGGCUCCGAGUUCUAUCAAUCUGUGAAAAUUGGCAUUGUACAAUAUAUGAUAUUGAAGAUGAUAUGUGCAGUACUGGCAACAAUUCUCCAAUCUUUUGGGGUUUAUGGAGAGGGGAAGUUUGAAUGGAAAUACGGGUAAGAUUAUAAUGUCUCGUGUUUUGAUCUUGAUUAUAGAUAC